CUUCCUGCCCGCACUGUGACUGAUCUUCACGGGAUCCAUUGCUAGAGGACAUCACUCUCUCCUUUCAGCUCUUAAGUUAAAAGUAUAGCCAUUACUGAACCCCUGUUGGUUGACUAUUCAACAUGAGCCUGAUAUGAUGCGCCCAGCAAGUAUUCUCUUCUGCAUCAAUCAAGAGGACAUUCACACUGUUCAGAUUCCAAAUUUGAUGUGCAUCGAUUUCGGUUAUAAGGUGACAGUCAAGUCAUGAGAUCCUCCUCUUCCCGUCCGUCAAAUUUCUCAUCUAAAGAUUCUUUAUGGAAUCCGAGUCGGAUGCCUGAUCAAAUAUCAGUGUCCGAGUUUCUCUCGGAGACAACCGAGGACUACAAUUCUCCGACCACAUCCAGCUUCACGACCCGUUUGCAGAGCUGUAGGAACACAGUCAACAUUCUGGAAGAGGCUUUGGAUCAGGACAGGACUGCGCUGCAGAAGGUGAAGAAAUCGGUCAAGGCGAUCUACAGCUCAGGCCAAGACCACGUCCAGAAUGAGGAGAACUAUGCCCAGGCUCUGGAUAAGUUUGGCAGCAACUUCAUCAGCCAAGAAAACCCUGACCUGGGAACAGCUUUCGUCAAGUUCUCCACCCUGACCAAGGAGCUGUCAACCCUGCUCAAGAACCUGCUCCAGCUCCAGAACCAUAAUGUGAUCUUCACCCUGGACUCUCUGCUGAAGGGGGACCUGAAAGGCGUGAAAGGAGAUAUCAAGAAGCCCUUUGACAAAGCCUGGAAGGAUUAUGAAGCUAAAUUUACAAAGAUCGAGAAGGAGAAGAGGGAGCAUGCCAAGCAGCACGGGAUGAUUCGUACAGAGAUAACAGGCGCUGAGAUUGCUGAGGAGAUGGAGAAGGAACGGCGUCUCUUCCAACUCCAGAUGUGUGAGUACCUGAUCAAAGUCAACGAGAUCAAGACCAAGAAGGGAGUGGACCUUCUCCAGAACCUCAUCAAGUAUUACCACGCACAAUGCAACUUCUUCCAAGAUGGCUUGAAGACGGCGGAUAAGCUGAAGCAGUACAUUGAGAAGCUGGCUGCUGACCUCUACAAUAUAAAGCAGACCCAGGACGAGGAGAAGAAACAGCUGACGGCUCUCAGAGACUUGAUCAAGUCAUCCCUUCAGCUGGACCAGAAGGAGUCUAGAAGAGACUCCCAGAGUAAGCAGGGUGGCUAUAGUAUGCACCAGCUGCAGGGCAACAAAGAGUUUGGCUGUGAGAAGAAAGGCUACCUGAUGAAGAAGAGUGAUGGGCUGAGAAAGGUGUGGCAGAGGAGGAAGUGUUCAGUGAAGGGUGGCAUGCUCACCAUCGCUCAUGCUACGUCCAACAGGCAGCCUGUGAAACUCAACCUGCUCACCUGCCAGGUCAAGCCCUGUGCCGAGGACAGGAAGUGCUUCGACCUCAUUUCCCAUAACCGGACCUAUCACUUCCAGGCUGAGGAUGAACAGGAGUUUGUCAUCUGGAUCUCUGUGCUAUCCAACAGUAAGGAGGAAGCUCUAAACAUGGCGUUCCGCGGAGAAGAGGACGGAGUAGGAGGAGAGGAUGGCCUGGAGGACCUGACCAAAGCCAUCAUAGAGGAGGUGCUGCGCAUGCCUGGCAAUGAAGUCUGCUGUGACUGUGGCGCUGCAGAUCCAAAAUGGCUGUCCACUAACCUGGGCAUCCUGACCUGCAUCGAGUGCUCUGGAAUUCACCGUGAGAUGGGAGUUCACAUCUCACGCAUCCAAUCCAUGGAGCUAGAUAAGCUAGGCACCUCUGAACUCUUGCUGGCUAAGAACGUAGGGAACAGUAGUUUCAAUGAAAUAAUGGAGGAGAACCUUCCUGGUCCCUCACCCAAACCCACACCUUCAAGUGACAUGACAGUGAGGAAGGAGUUCAUCAAUGCUAAGUAUGUGGACCACAAGUUUGCACGGAAGACCUGUACCUCCUCGGCAGCUAAGACCAUCGAGCUGUGUGAGGCGGUCAAGUCCAGGGACCUGCUGUCUCUCAUCCAGGUGUACGCUGAGGGGGUGGAGCUAAUGGAGCCACUGCCCGAGGGUGGACAGGAGGCCGGAGAGACUGCGCUCCACUACUCUGUGCGCACCGCCGACCAGACCUCACUACACCUUGUGGACUUCCUCGUACAAAACAGUGGGAACCUGGACAAGCAGACAGAGUGGGGAAACACUGCCCUGCACUACUGCUGCAUGUACGAGAAACACGAAUGCCUCAAACUACUGCUGAGGGGCAAACCAGCCACUGACAUCACCAAUCAGAAUGGUGAGACGGCGCUGGAUAUUGCCAGGCGUAUGAAGAACAGUCAGUGUGAGGAGGCACUGGUGCAGGCGGCAGCGGGGAAGUAUUACCCACAUGUCCACGUGGAGUAUGAGUGGAGCCUGAGGCUGGAGGAGCUGGACGAGAGCGAUGAUGAUCUCGAUGACAAGCCUAGUCCCAUAAAGAAGGACCGUUCCCCGCGGCCCCAGAGUUUCUGCCACUCGUCCAGCCUGUCUCCCCAUGACAAGCUGUCUCUGCCGGGCUUCAUCAGCCACCGGGACAAACAGCAGCGCAUGUCUUACAGCGCCUUCACCAACCAGAUGUACUCCGCCUCCACCGACCUCACUUCCUCUUCCCCCGUGGCAGAUGCCCCCCCUCUACCCCCCAGGAACCAGGGCAAAGCUCCUCCCUCCACCCUCACCCCCGGAGGCAGCUCCACCCUGUCCAAGAAGAGGCCUCCGCCCCCUCCCCCCGGGCACAAACGCACCCUGUCUGACCCACCCAGCCCGCUUUCCCACAGUAGAGGGGGCAUUUACGUGGGAAGUGACUCCAUCCCUCCACCUGCGAACAAGAUGUCACCGUUAUCCAACAAGUUUGAGGGCAUUCCACAGCAGCAAAGCACUACUUCUAGCAACACAAAGUCUACACUUGGUCCAAGGGUUCUACCCAAACUACCUCAGAAAGUGGCACUGCGUAAAAUCGACACCAUACACCCAUCUAUGGACAAACCCGGCCUGCCGCCGGAGGUGCUCCAGAAAUCCCCUCCAGGACCUGAAUGCCUAACAAAAGCCAUUCUACCUGACAAGCCCCAACUAGGGGACCUCCCCCCCAAACCCCAGCCCUCUGAGCUGCCCCCUAAACCUGGAGAACUGCCACCCAAGCCCCAGCUCUCCGACCUCCCCAAACCGCAGCUAGGGGACCUACCACCUAAACCCCUGCUCAAAGACCUACCCCCCAAACCUCAGCUCUCCCAAGACGGCCAUCCGAAACCGGGGGUAGCAGAUCUGCCCAGUCCGAGACCACCCCCUGGAGAGCCUGCGCCGAAGCCCCACCCCCCGGAGUCAGCGGCGGCCAAUCAGCAGGCAGAGACUGAGAGUCUGUCCUCCCAGGGCAGCGAGGACACCAAUGGGAGCCCGGCGUGUGCUCCAGACACACCAGUGCCCUUGCCCAGGAAGAAUACGGGGAAGACCAAAUCUCGGCGGGUGAAGACCAUCUAUGACUGCCAGGCCGACAAUGAUGACGAGCUGACAUUUGUGGAGGGAGAGGUGAUCAUAGUGACGGGAGAGGAGGACGGAGAGUGGUGGAUCGGCCACAUUGAAGGGCACCCGGAGAGGAAAGGGGUGUUCCCAAUGUCCUUUGUCCACAUCCUGAGUGACUGACAGCCAGACGAGGCUUGCACUAACCCCGCCACCCUAACCCCUAGAAGUACCCCUGUACUGUAAAUAGCUACUGUAACAACCUGACGUGAAACCAGUGUUCUAAAGAGAAAAAAAAACGCAAUGAAGAAACCCAAGUAGGCUCAACUAGCCACUGGAUGCUGAGCACAUCCAUUUUGUAAAUACAAAUGUGUGUAUUUUUCCUCUUACCAGUAUUAUCUUAAUCUUAGAGCACGACCUAUGGCUGCCGUAGCCACUCUUACCCUAAAGUGUAUGUUUAUGCUGUUACUGUGUAUAUAUGUAUGUAAAUAUAUUUGUGUGUGUGUGUGUGUGUAUAUACAUGUACAAGCAUACAUGCGUUCUCUGCUUGCCAGAUAAUAACCAAGUAUCAGGGCAGCCGUGUUUGCAUUUUAUCUGUAAUCAUUUUACUAGUCAUCCCUGAUAUCAUUGCUUGCAUUUCUGGAGAAGGCCAAAUAUGAAGGAAUAGGAAAGAGAUCAUGUCACUAGUCUCUCACCGUUUCCUCAUCCUACACCACCUUAGACUGGAGAUUCUCAUGUCUCCAACUGAAACCUACCAUGAAAACUCAGCUGAGGAUUAAAUAUGUAUUCAUUCAAUGUAUUCCUUGUUCUUGCUCGCUUUGUGUGUACAUGUAUUCGGAUUGUUUUACAGUAUUGACACUUGCUGCUACUUUAUGGUGGGAUAUCAGAAACCCCCUGUGGAACCGCACAGGUCACCAGUAGUAGACUUAACACCGUUUCACUCUGUCAAGUUAUCUUCACGCUGUACUAUGUGGAAUUGAGCAGAGUGCUAUUUAAAAUGCCACUCAAAUCAGGGUUUGAAGAACCACUUCUGAUAGCCACUAACACUCACAAGUACAUAUGGGAAGGUCAAUGUCAGUAAGCAAGAAUGUGAAAAUUCUGAUGGCCUGGAGAGAUUUGAACUAAUGUCCAAUGACAUUUCAAACUUAAUGUGGCGUCAAUGAUUUCCAGACGAGAGCUCCACUGUUAAGGAUACAAACUAAAAUGUAGACAGUUUGUGGAUAUUUAUUAAAUCCAGCGAGGCAGUCAAGCAGAAAUAGUUUGCCUGUCACAGGGUUUUCCUCAGAACGCUGAGUACUUUUUUGGAUGACAGGAAAUUGCAAAUAGUGAACAGGAUAUGUACCCUUCACUCCCCAUUGACUUCAUCUCCUCUGGUUUCAACCCAUGUGAAGGAAUAUCACCUCCAAUCAUUCCAUUGUACUAAUAAAAGUGUUGUAAUGGA